ACAGCCCAGCUAGCAGGCUCUGCUCUCGACUCUCUCCUUCUCCCGUACUCUUCCUUUGGACUGUGUGUCAGUGUGUAUAUAUACCACAUUGCAUUUGGCAUCUCAUAAUAUACUUGUGAGAGAAUAGAGAACCAUCAACCAUGCCUCCUCCUUCUCCAUCUCUUGAGAAAAAGCACUGGUGGCUUAGCAAUAGAAAGAUUGCAGAUGGAUAUGUAAGAGAUGCAAGAUUUCUGAUUGCAACACAAGAGCAGAUUCAAGUUGAAAGAGCAGUGAACCUUCUUGACUCAGCUCUAACUCUGUCACCGCAAAAUGAAUCAGCACUCGAGUUAAAGGCUCGAUCUUUACUUAUUCUUGGUCGAUUUAAAGAAACUGCUGAUAUGUUACAGGAUCACAUUCCUAGCCUUAAAAUGUCAUCGACUCAUGACUCAUCAUCAUCAUCAUCAUCAUCAUCGCCUUCAUUGGACAACUCGUCUCACAAUUGCUUAAGAGGAGGUGUGAAGCUUCUUUCGUAUGGUGACUCGCCAAAUCGAAGUGAACCUAGGUGCAAGUAUUUUUCAAUCACUGGUUUGAAGACAAAAGUUACGGCUGGGCUCGGUAAAAACUGUGAAAAAGAAGGCCAAUGGAGAUACUUGGUUCUGGGACAAGCAUGUUGCCGUCUGGGACUUAUGGAAGAUGCACUGGUUCUCCUUCAAACUGGAAAACGCCUUGCAACAGCAGCAUCUCGUCGAGAAAGCAUUUGCUUUUCAGAUGACAGCUUCUCUUUAUUUAAGUUCCCAAUAUCCGGUAAAGUAGUAGUCGACAAUCACUCACCUAGCCCAGCCAAAUCAGAAUCUGAAAUCAUCAACCAACUCCUCAGCCACAUAAAGUUUCUUUGCUGGCGCAAGACCUCGGCCCUUGCAGCUUUGGAUGCAGGUCUCUAUGCAGAAGCCAUAAGACACUUCUCUAAACUUUUAGAAAGCCGUCGUGGAGCUCCACAAGGUUUUUUAGCUGAAUGCUAUACGCACCGAGCUUCAGCAUAUAGAUGCGCUGGUAGAGUUGCUGAGUCGUUAGCUGAUUGUAAUCGCGCUUUGGCAUUGGAUCCGUCUUGCAUUGAUGCCCUUAGUACUAGAGCUGCUCUUUUUGAGACUACUAGAUGUUUGACGGAUUCUAUUUAUGAUCUUGAACACUUGAAACUCUUGUACAACACAAUUUUGAGAGAUAGAAAACUGCCUGGGUCAGCUUGGAAGCAUCAGUAUGUGCAUUAUAGAGAAAUCCCAGGAAAGUUAGUUACAUUAGCUACAAAGAUUCAAGCGUUAAAGCAGAGAGUUGCUUCUGGAGAAACUGGAAACGUGGAUUACUAUGCAUUGAUUGGGUUGGUAAGAGGAUGUUCAAGAUCAGAGCUGGAAAGAGCACAUGUGUUGCUCACUUUGCGACAUAAGCCUCAUAUAUCAAAUGCAUUUAUCGACAGGUGUGAGUUUGCAGAUAACGGUGAGGUUGAUUCGGUUAGGGAAAGAGCAAAGGUUUCUUCGUUUUCGUUGUAUAGAUUGAUUCAAAAGGGGUAUACUAAUGUAAUGAGAACUAUACUGGAUGAAGAAGCUGUUGAGGAACAAAGGAAAAAGGCUUCUGCUUCGUUACAAGCAGAGAUGCAGCAACUUCAGCAGGCUCAACAAGAACAAGUCAAACAUAGACAAGAAUCCAACAACGGAGUCUCAGCAGGGCAGCAUGUUCAACAAGAACAAGUCCAAUAUAAACCAAAAUCAAACAGUGCAGUAUCAGCAGUGCAGCAAGUUCAUCAGGCUCAAAAAGAAAAAUUCAAACACCAACAAGAAUCGAACAAUGCAGUUGGCACAAGUACCGUGAGUCCAAGGUUAGAUUUUAAUCGCUUAGAAAACAAUGCAGCAUCUAUGUUUCAAGGAGUGUUCUGUAGAGACAUUGUAGCAGCUGGGAGUUUGCUACCGCAAACUGGAUUUAAUCUUCCAAUUGCGGUGAAAUAUGAGGCAUUGAGCUGUUAAGUAAACUGGCCUAUUCAAAAAAUAGACAUAGUUAAAUAAUUAUUAUAUAUGAUGAUAUUGGAGAACUAUUGUUUAAUCAUUAUAGACAUGUCGAAGAAUAAUUGUUUUAUUCAACC